GUCUUCCUCCUCCCCACGCCCGACUAUUUAUCCGCCUCCCCCUCUCCCCGCUCCCCCCCACAAACAACUACCACCUCUCCCGUCGCCCCCCGCCGCCUUAGGGUUAGGGUUUCGCGUCGCGCGCGACUCCUUCGGUUCUCGCGGACUGCGGCGAUUCCGGGGUGCGAGUGAGGCCAUGGCGAUCGUCAGGAACAGCGGCGGCGGCGGUGGGGCAAGGGUCCCGAGGAUGGACGACGGCGGGGAAGAGGAGGAGGAGGAGGGAGGAGGCUCGAUGGAGGCCACGGAGGAUGAGGAGGAGCAGGGGUCGCCGGUGACGGUGUCCGAGGAGUCUGAGGCUGCUGGGUUCUCAGGCCAGGAGGAGAAUGGCGGUGAGGAGCAGGAGGAACUGGAGGAGGAGGAGGAGGAGGAUGACUCUGGGAUGGGGUCCGACGAGCUGGAGAUCACGCAGCUCGGGGAGCCUGGCGCGGAGCUGUGCCAGGUCGGGGACCAGAGCGUCGCUGUGCCGCUGGAGCUCUACGACCUUGCCGGCGGCCUCGGCGGCGUGCUCUCGCUGGAUGCGUGGAACGGCCUCCUCUCCGAGGAGGACCGUGUCCGCCUUGCCGCCUUCCUGCCCGACAUGGACCAGGAGACCUUUGCCCGCAUGCUCGUCGAGCUCCUCGCGGGGGAGAACUUCCACUUCGGGAGCCCCCUGGCCGCGCUCUUCGACAGGCUCAAAGGUGGGCUGUGCGACCCGAGGAUCGUCUUGUACAGGCGUGGCGCCCGCUUUGCUGAGCGACGGAAGCAUUACUACCGCCUGCAGAGCUACCACAAUUCGAUGGUCAGGGGGCUGUGGGAGAUCAAGGACUGCUGGAAGAGCUGCGGCGGGUACAGCCUUGAUGAGAGGCUGAGGGCGCUGGAUUCGUUGAAGGCACGGCGGGAACAGAAAGAUCGGGGUUUGAAUCACAGGGCUGGGUCAGAGACUGACUCAGAGAGCAGGGAGUCUGCGGAGCAGUUAUUGACAAGGCUGAAGCCAGAUAAGAUGGGGCUGAAGAAGUCUGGGAAGCUAGGAAAGGAAAGGUCGAAGGGGUUGCUGCGGUUGGGUGGGUCAAAGGGUUUGGAUGAUGAGUACAUUGGAGGGGCUGGCCGUGAUGCUGCAGUGGCUCUCUCCGAGCUUUCUCGUCAAGAUAAUGCUUAUGGGUAUGAUUCGGGAGUGGUCUCUAGAGGGACUCUGCGCAUGAGGGGCCGUGAUUCCGAGGACAUGGGGCAUGACAGGGAUUUGCCUAGGAUCCGGCCGCAGAGGCCUCUGUUGAAGCCAGGAAAGAAAAAGGAAUUUGUUGCGGGCUAUGAUAGCAAUCCUUAUGGAAACAACUACCGUGAUAACCAGACUGGUUCUCCUUACUACCAUGGCAGGAAUGCCAAUGCUAACCAGGGUGUCACCUUAGCGGCAUCGUUUGAGCCUCCAUACGCUGAGACUGCCAGGAAUGCGAAGUACUCAGAGAGAGAUUGGGUCUAUGGUGGAAAAGGUGCCCAGAGUAAAGCUCUCAAAAGGGAAGAGAUGGAUUGGCCAACUGGUAGCCAUGUUGAUAAUUUAAAUGACUGGCAGGGAGGGCAGUCUACAGGUGAUUACAGGAGCAGGAAAGCUCAAGGUGGUCAUGGUCUGAAGGUCAAAUCCUACAAAAGUAUCGAGCAACAGUUUAAUGGUGCACAGUUUAGGUCCGAUUCUAGAGGCAAGAUAUCACAGGGGAAGAGUAAAGGUAAACCAUGUAGUCCGUAUGACCGGGUUGGCCAUAAGGAUUCCAGGAGCAAAGCUGUCUAUGCUCGAAGCGAGGAGACAGAAUCUGAUUCAUCAGAACAGUUUGAAGAUGGUGUGGACAUGAACCUUGUCGAACAACAGCCAGAACUUCACCAUUCUGAGUUUCAAAGACCUGCAUCUGGUUCCAAAAAGUCAAGUAAACUUGGCAAAGCAGUCAAAAUAAAUUAUCCUGCUGCUACUGCAGAUUUUGAACCCUAUCAGAAUCAGAGCAAAGGGGUGCACAGAGGAAAGGUUGCAGACCCUGAUUAUUUACGCGAUGUGCACGUGGAGGUGGCAGAACAGAUUAGUGAAGUGAUGAGACCUCCAGCAGCAAGGAGUGAAAGAAAGCGCAAAGGAAUGACAAAUCUGGAUAUGCGCGGUCAUGGCACCUCUGAGUUGCAUGAUCGCAAUGAAAAACCGGAUGAAUUAUUCAGGUCACCAGAAAGUGACAGGCUGGUCAGUAGAACAGGUUAUGCAGUCCAAGAUACAAUUGGUGAUUUUGAUGGAUCUGAAAGAGUGACGUCAAAGCUAGUAAAUUGCAGCUCUGGGUCCAAAAAGCAAAAAGGAAGAGUUGAAGUUACAAGCCUGGAUGAGCCUGGUGAGUAUGCGCCAUCUGGUCCAAACGUCGCGGAGAACAGCAGUAGCUUGAAGAAGAAAGGCAAAAGGAAGCCAGAUAUCAUUACAGAUGCAGCUACUGUAGAAGAACCAGCUCCUGUCGUACCAGAAAUUAAUGUGGUUGUAGUAGAGCCUGAGAAACCUAAGAAGAAGUAUGUACCAAUCACGCCAACUAUCCAUACUGGCUUUUCUUUCUCCAUUGUACAUCUUCUAACUGCCGUUAAGAAGGCUAUGGUCACUCCUACCGAGGAUACUCCAGUGGCAGCUAUGGUCACUCCUACUGAGGAUACUCCAGCGGCAGAGAAGCAGCCUGAUGGGGAGGAAAGCAGAAAAUGGUCCAACAAUGAGGAACCUAGCAAAACUCCUCAAGAGCCAAGUGCAACAGAGCAAGCACAACAGGGUAAUGAGGCUGGAGAUACCAGUGCUGCAGAGCAGACUGCGCCGAGCAAUGUACCGGCACUAACUGUUCAAGAGCUUGUUAAUCGGAUUAGAUCAAAUCCUGGAGAUCCUAACAUACUUGAAACACAGGAGCCCCUCCAGGAUUUGGUUCGUGGAGUGCUGAAGAUACUUUCAUCUAGAACAGCUCCUCUAGGUGCAAAGGGCUGGAAAUCACUAGUUUCCUAUGACAAGUCAAACAAAAGCUGGUUCUGGGUUGGUCCACUACCUUCUGGUUCUUCAUAUAGCGAUCCUAACGAAGAAACUUCUGCUGAAGCAUGGGGUAUACCACAUAAGAUGCUUGUGAAGUUGGUUGAUGCAUUUGCUAAUUGGCUGAAAAGUGGUCAGGAAACCCUUAAGCAGAUAGGAUCCCUUCCACCACCUCCACCACCAAAUCCUGCAAACUUGGAUUUGAAGGAAAGAUUCAAGGACCUUAGAGCCCAGAAAAGUUUGAACACAAUAAGCCCAAGCUCUGAGGAAGCAAAAGCGUAUUUUCAGCGUGAGGAAUUUUUGAGAUACUCGAUUCCUGAUAGAGCAUUUUGCUAUACUGCUGCUGAUGGGGAGAAAUCUAUAGUUGCUCCCUUGAGAAGGGGAGGUGGAAAGCCUACAGCAAAAGCUAGGGGACAUCCCAUGCUCUUACCUGAUCGCCCUCCUCAUGUCACUAUUCUCUGUCUUGUAAGAGAUGCUGCUUCUAGGUUGCCUGGAAGAACUGGUACAAGAGCUGAUGUUUGCACACUUCUCAAAGAUUCACAGUACCUCAAUCAUGAAGAAUCGAAUAAAGAGGCUGCUGUUAAUCAAGUUGUCAGCGGUGCACUUGAUCGCUUGCAUUAUGAGCGUGAUCCUUGUGUACUGUAUGAUAAUGACAAAAAAUUGUGGACCUAUCUGCACAGGGGUAGAGAGGAGGAAGAUUUUGAGGAUGAUGGCACCUCAUCUACGAAAAAAUGGAAGAGACCACGGAAAGAUUCCUCUGAUCCUGCAGAGCCUGGUGCGGGGAACGAUGAUCUAGAGGAUGAUGGCACCCCUAGUGCGAAAAAACAAAAGAGUGAGUUAGAUCCGGCAGCAUCAGGAGAAGAUAAGGAUGGUGGGGAUCAUGCAAAUCAGGAUCCAUCUAACGGUGGUUUAGAAGGUGACCCUGAUCUUGAUGUUAUUCCAUCAACAAAUGACAAAGAAGCACCUGAGCUUGAUGCAAGGCCUGAUGUUGGUAGCUCCAGACCUUCAGUAGGUGCAACCGCAGGCAGCAUGGCUGAUGGCAAUUCAGCAAGAGCCACAGAACAGAAUAACAAUAUGUCGCUCCCUGAGGAUUCCACCAGCAAGGAUUUUCAGGAAGGCUUAGACAGAGAGGGGUCAAAAGCAUUCAUGGAUGAGACCUUGCAAUAAAUAGUGCUUAGCAGGACAUAUAUUUGAGCAUCAGCAUAGGAAUAUGAGCGGCAGCCAGUUAUGACGUCUGAGUCAGGCCUUCGCCUCGACUAUAUUUUGCAGUACAAGUAGUUCUUUUUCCUGGCCUUGUACAUUCUUGUCAAGAAACAGGCAUCAUAGUUUUUUUUAUCCCUAGUGGCCUUGUGCAGUACUGAUGCAGAUGUAGUUCUCAUAUAAAAUUCUUAGAUCAAUGUUUAUGUAACUACCUUUUCGUUCCUUCCAUAUUUGGUACCAGCCUGCAUGCUCCAGUCCAACAGUUGAGGGUGUCUCUAAACAGAGAUUUGUCAUCAGACACUGAACAGAGAUUUGGUUAUCAGAUCAUUAUACUUCUAUUCCUUCAAGGAAAAUCCUAAUUUUCUUAA